UUCAAAAGUAUAUAUCUGCUUUGCAGGAGAAAAUACCUAUAGAGGAAGUGUUUGAGCAGUUAAAAUGCUCAAGAGAAGGUCUGUCAUCAGAAGAAGGAGCCAACCGUCUUCAAAUUUUUGGCCCAAACAAGCUAGAAGAAAAAUCGGAGAGCAAAUUCCUGAAGUUUCUUAGCUUUAUGUGGAACCCAUUAUCAUGAGUUAUGGAAGCAGCUGCUUUAAUGGCUAUUGUCUUGGCAAAUGGUGAUCAUAGGCCUCCAGACUGGCAGGAUUUUGUCGGUAUUAUGGUACUGCUAGUGAUCAACUCUACAAUCAGUUUCAUAGAAGAAAACAAUGCUGGCAAUGCAGCAGCAGCACUUAUGGCUAACCUUGCUCCUAAAACCAAGAUUCUUCGAGAUGGGCGAUGGGGUGAACAAGAGGCUCAAAUACUAGUCCCAGGAGAUGUGAUUAGCAUCAAAUUAGGAGACAUAGUCCCUGCUGAUGCUCGUCUUCUUGAGGGCGAUCCUCUGAAGAUUGACCAAUCUACUCUCACUGGAGAAUCUCUGCCAGUGACUAAGAAUCCUGGAGAAGAGAUGAAGAUUUAGCAUUCGAAGUUCAAA